AUGACAGAGUUGAUGGUUAGAGCAUGGAAGCACAUGAACGCUGAGGAUGCUAUGAAUGCACGAAAAAACAAAGAUGGUGAAAAUAAGAGGUCGGAGAAGAAGAGGCCAGCACCUAACACUAGGGAGGAAAAGGAAUCGAAGUACAAAAAAUUCUCAAACAACCAGGCUGACAGAUCGUCUCGCCGCCCAAUUCAAGAUGACGCAUCAUUGAAAUGGCCGCCAAAGCUAAAAGCUGAUCCAACAAAGAGGUCUCUAGGUAAAUACUGUAGGUUUCACCGGGACCAUGGACAUAACACAGAAGAUUGUUUCAACCUCAAAAACCAGAUCGAGAACCUUGUUCGUAAAGGUCAUUUACGCAAAUUCACAAUUAAAAAUGGAAAAGGAGGCUCCAACCCAGCCCGGGAGGGCCGAGAUGAUCUCCCUUCUCAACACCAACCAAUGGGUGAGAUCAAAGUUAUAUCGAGUGGCUUCGCUGGUGGUGGUGAGACUAGUUCGGCUCGGAGGGCUCAUGCUUGGAGUAUUUGGAGUUUUUCAGAGGUGAAUGAAGUUGGAAUGACAAGUCCUGCAACAAAAUUACCUCGAGUUGAUAAGCCAAUCAUAACCUUUUCUGAAGAAGAUGACAAGGGAAUUCACCAGCCCCAUGAUGACCCCCUGGGCAUACGAGAAAUUGAAAAUUGGCCGAGAGAAGCUCCGACCCAUGAAAUCACCACUGGUGGGAUUUUCAGGCGAUAA